AUGUCAAGUGAAUUGGAGUUAAUUAAAAUUAUUUUACACGCCAAUCAUAUAUUUGUAAAUAAAUCAUGGCUACAUAAGUGCCAUGAAUAUUUAUCGACUUCACAUGGUAACUCGCACAAUUUAAAAGAAAUAUCUAGAAAAGUGAUUGAACAAUGGUUACUUAAUGAUUUAACUGAAACAUCUCCUGGAUGUUUACCUCAGAAUCUAAAUGAUAACACAUCUGAGUUAAAAGGUGUUUAUACACUUCAAAUUAACACAAUUUGGAAUUUUGAUUUUUAUGUCAAUUAUUGUUUAAACAAAAUUAAAAGAUCAAAAGAGGAGAUAAACAGUGCAGGCCAGCAUGAUUUGGGAAACAGAAAUUUAUUAUUGGUUAUGACUGAUGGUGUGCAACCAAUCUAUGGACACGUAUUAGAGCCAAUCAAAGAUUUGUGGAUCAACACAGUUCCAGGGUGUAAGAUGCGUAUUAAAGGUCCAGUGCACUUGAGAAAACAUGAAUCAUCAGAUUUACUUUUUCUCAUAUUAAAUGAUGGCAACUGCGAACUGCUGGGCGGUGAAGUGGACACUCGGAUGAAGAAUAGCUACGACGACACCCUUAAGCAGAUGAUUCUGCUCAAAAUACAAAGUGUGACACAUCGACACAAUGGCUAUGUGGGUCAGCCUAGUGAACAACUUGCAGAAGUAGACAAGAGAAAAAGAAGUAGUGAGAGAAGUGUCGGGUCAGGCAACAAAAGACAAAAAAUCGAGUCUGUUAACGACAGUGUGACACAUCGACACAAUGGCUAUGUGGGUCAGCCUAGUGAACAACUUGCAGAAGUAGACAAGAGAAAAAGAAGUAGUGAGAGAAGUGUCGGGUCAGGCAACAAAAGACAAAAAAUCGAGUCUGUUAACGACAGUGUGACACAUCGACACAAUGGCUAUGUGGGUCAGCCUAGUGAACAACUUGCAGAAGUAGACAAGAGAAAAAGAAGUAGUGAGAGAAGUGUCGGGUCAGGCAACAAAAGACAAAAAAUCGAGUCUGUUAACGACAUUGUUAUUGAUCUGACA